AUGUCAGCGUCGCUGGUGUCGAAUGCUUACCUUGACGAGCACUCAGCAAAGAUCAGGUCAAAGCCAGUCCCUUGGGAGGGAUACCAACGCGCGGGGCUCGUCACGUCGGAGGAACUCAGCCUCAUCAAGAAAGUAGACAGGCAGCCGCGAGCAAAGACGGAAUCGAUUCUCAUAUCGGAUGGCCAGACGUAUGCUCUCUUGUAUUUGCGCUUGCUCAAGAAGCUUCAGCGAGUAGACACCAUGCAGUGUCUGCUCGUCCUUAUUGCCGAUGCCUUGUUGGAUCAUGACGAACGGAUACCCCUCUUCACCCGAACUGCGCAAUCGGAUCCGGACCUUCCAUAUGCACCCUUUCUAAGGACCAUGGAAACUCAGGACGAAUUCGUCCAGCUCAAGUCCGCGCAAAUCUUGACCAUCCUGCUGAGUGCAGAGUCAACACCAUUACAGCAUCAGCACCUCCAGCCUUUCCUCAGAGUUCUCGCGGCGCUUAUUCAAUCCGCAUCCGCUAACAAGCGAGAUGUCGCGGUUCAGUGUCUGGAAGCACUACUGGCACGUCCAGAAUGUCGAAAGGCAGUCUGGGCUAUACCAGGAAUCAUUGCAGGUCUAGUUGAAAUUCUUCGGCACAAACCGGGACCACAAAUGUGUUACCAGGUUAUAUUCUGCUUGUGGUUGCUGUCCUUUGAGCAGGAUAUCGCAGAACAAAUAAACAAGAGGUUCGAGAUUGUGCCUCUGUUGACGUCAGUUGCCCAUGAAGCGGCGAAGGAGAAGGUCACCCGCGUGAUCAUAGCUACAUUCCGGAACCUCGUCACUAAAGCCCCAUCUGCAAACCUACCGGCGAUGCUGGUAUCAGAACUUCUUCCAUUCACAAAGAACCUUGCAGCAGGCAAGUGGUCUGACGAAGACAUCUUGGAAGAUAUCCAAUUUGUCAGAGAUGAAUUGGAAACGAAUUUUGCGAGUUUAACGACGUAUGACGUUUAUACGUCGGAACUUGCUUCUGGCCGUUUGGCAUGGACGCCCGUCCAUGAAUCCGAGGAGUUCUGGCGUGAGAACGCACACAAGCUGAACGAGAGGGAUUAUGCACAAAUGAAAGCUCUUGUCCAGUUACUGGACAGAGAUGACCCUGUGACUCUCGCUGUAGCUGUGCACGAUGUUGGACAAUAUGUAAAGCACUGCGAACGGGGGAAGAAGAUAGUUACGGACUUGGGCGCCAAGGCCCGAGCAAUGGAGCUUAUGACGCACUCUGACCCCGAUGUAAGAUACCACGCACUCCUCGCCGUUCAGCAGCUCGUUAGCCAUCCGUGGACUACUGCAUGA